AUGGCGGGCGUACCUGUGCGCACACCCUUUCAGCCUCGCUCGAAAGCUCACACAAUCGUGAACACCACCGCUAUCUCUCCAGAAUCGACAGCCACAUCGAACUCUCGACCUAAUACUCCAGCCGCUCCCAUCCACCGCAACCUCUCUACAGAUGCUAUUUCGGAUAGGUCUACAUUACUGUUCAUACGUCGCACAUUAUGCUCACACAUCAGUGAGAAGGGUCGUAGUACCCCAGCUCCAAUCGAUGAGAUACUUCCCCCGCUGACGAGUAGUAACGAGGUUGAUCUGCAACUGUACGCGUUUAUAGCAAUCAUAAUCAGGGAAUUUGUGUAUACAUGGUAUGCCAAAAUUACACCAGAUCAAGUGUUUGUGGAAGAGGUGGUGAAAAUUAUUGCACAUUGUACGAGAGGUCUGGAACAAAGGUUAAGGAAGGUGGACUUGGAGAGCUUGUUGUUUGAAGAACUACCAGAUUUGUUGGAUACACACGUUAAAAUAUAUAGAACAUCGCACUACUCCCUACAUCCAGACCCAAUUUCGGUGGACCCGCGUCAAGUGUAUCAUUCCCUUUGGCCUUUUGCGCCGCUAUCGCCAGUUCCGCUUGAAGGAGAUCCCGAUACGAUCAAGGGACAGUCAAAUAAUGAAGCUGCUUAUAGACAAUUAAUCAUCAACGGUCUUUUAGCCGUCUUAUUACCCACGGAAGAUCUCGAAAAUGAUUGUUUGACAUCCUUAGUUAGUCAAAUAUUCUCAGAGAUGAUACUAGGCAAUGGCAUUGGAGGCAAGGCCUGCGAACCAUGGCUAUUAUGGGAAGCGUUCGCCACGAUUCGGGUUAUAACCAUUGCUAUUGCGACCUCAUCUUCAUUGCCGUCUCGUAUUCUUUCUAUGAGGAAACCUACUGGCUUAGCCUUGCCGAACGAUGACUCGAAACCGCCGAUGAAUUCGGAAGCAUUACCUUGGGCUAGAGCUCAACCACUCAAGCGCCCUAUUCUCAAAAUGAAGUUAUGGUCAUGCGUGUCUACUUUGCUAGAUAUGGAUACUCGCAUGCCAUGGCUGAGCGCCACAUUAUCUCUUCUUCAAUGGGGUGCAAUUACCGGCCCUGGAAAAAUUGGAGACACAGACGGCAUGAUUGAUAAACUCCUAUCCUACCAAAUCCACACCCACAUUUUAGACCCCACCCUUCUGGCCCCCCUCCUCUGCACAGUCCGUCAGACCCUCUUCCCCAAUAACACGCUCGCGCCAGCUAGAAUCCCUCCAACUCCUGCCGAAACAAUCGAAAUACGACGACGGUGCGCACAGGCUAUAUUGGGGCUGAUACCAAUAAGGUGUGCGGGAUAUUUAUUUCGGCCGUGCUCCUUUACACUCCUCGGAUACUAA